AUGGACUGCAAGAUCAACGUACACUACACUUGCUUGGAUGGCGACGUGCCUCCUAUGCCAUCCGACGCCGCCAUUAUCAAAGCUUGCAACAAUGCGCCAAAGACGCUGGAUACCAUGACUACGAGCAUAGUGUUUUCGUCGGCAGAGCUUGUCAUCAAGCACCUCAACGUCACAUUCGAGGAAUGUCGCAAUCAGAUAAGAGCGCACGAAUUGCUGGAUGCAUCCAUCGUCGUGGUCCCCAAGGUAUAUCGUUGCUUUUCGCGUGUGGACGAUGGCAAGAUGUAUCUUAUUAUGCAGAGGAUCCGUGGCGAGGUCAGAGAUAGGAUUGAAGACUGCGCGAGUGUGAGGCGAGUGGCGGAUAUCGUGCGCCACCUUCAAACCCACAAAAGCAGUAUACCUGGUCCAUUGGAGGGUGGCAUUUCGAGAGGUCUGUUUUGGGAAAACGAACAUGUGGAUCUGAGAGGGGAGGUUGGGAGACUGGCGGAGUAUAUACGUCGCAGACUGGUGGGUGGGCAGCAAGGGUGGGGCGUGGGAUUGGGCGAGUUUGUGCUGAAUCACAACGACAUUGCGCCGAGAAACCUGAUCUGGAUGACCGAUGGAAGGAUUUGUCUGAUCGACUGGGCACAUGCUGGAUUCUAUCCUAAGCUCUUGGAACUGGUCGUCUUGGAGUUCAACACACAGGAGGGCAACGAUCUGGGCUUCACUCUAGCGCUAUCCGGAGAACUUGGUCCUUUGAGUAACGAGGAAGAGAGAGAGGUGCGGUCGUUGAACAUGGCUUGGUUCAACAGUCACAGGUACAGAAUGUAA